CCAAGAGAAAGGGAUGGAGCACCAGCAGCGGAACCCGCCAAGCCGUGCGAGCCAGCGAAUCCCGAAUCCCGAUCGAUAGGCGGCGGCGGCGGCGGGACCGGACCAUGCCGGACAAGGCGGUGGACGACGCCAUGGAGUCAGCGGUGGGGGCCCACUUCAGCGGCUUCCGCCUCGAGGCGCUGCGCCUCCCCGCCCCCUCCGGGCCCUCCUCCCCUCCCUCCGCCUCCUCCUCCUCCGCCGCCGCCGGCGCCGCAGCGGCCCUCUCCAACGGGCCCGCCGGCGCCGACCUCGCCUCCCCCUCCUCCCUCAGGCAGCCCUUCGUCAUCGGGGUUUCGGGCGGGACGGCCUCCGGGAAGACCACGGUGUGCGACAUGAUCAUCCAGCAGCUCCACGACCACCGCGUCGUGCUCGGCAACCAGGACUCGUUCUACCGUGGCUUAACUGCUGAGGAAUCUGCAAGUGCUCAGGACUACAAUUUCGAUUAUCCUGAUGCAUUUGAUACGGAGCAACUUCUUGAAUGCAUGGGGCAGUUAAAACGUGCGUUACCUGUAAAUGUUCCUAUAUAUGACUUCAAAAAUCACCGAAGAUGCUCAGAUAGCCGUCCUUGUGGAGCUGCGCCCAGAUAGCCGUCCUUGUGGAGAUGCGCCCAGAUCGGCCAUGGCGCGACCGAGCAGUGGAGGAGGGAGGGAGAGUAGGACUGUAGGAGUGCUCCAGCUGCUCCUAUGCCCCAACCACGACGUCGAUUCCACCUCGGCCACAACAAUAGCACCGGCAGUUGUGUGCUUCUUAUCUCCCUCCCCUCGCCCCUGUUUGUUUAGGUUUGGCAUCUCCCUUCCCUCACUGCCUGAUGCGCGAGGAAGACUGAAUCUUUCCUCCUUCAAGGUCGGUUUCCCGCUACUCCAACCCUAGUGCCUGCCUAUCGGACGCCAUGGAAGCAGUGAGGAAAAACAGCUGCAAACUCCGUAUGACCAUGACCGCCUAAAUGUCUUGGAGAAGGGUUUCCUCCGCUUUGGUAUACCCAGGGGCUAUUACCCCGUCACUUUGCAUCCAUGGCACGUAAUAAGUGUCUUGCUGCUGCUGCUUUUUCAAGCGAACGUGUUCUUUUCAGGCGAUGCGUAUGUGUACGUCUUUGUGUUUAUUUAGUUAUGUAGAUGGUGGUUCAGCGAUGAGGAGGUGGUGAAGAGGGGACCUCCUAUUUAAGCGUUAAAUAGGAGGGGUAUCACACAUGGUGAAGUUAUGGUCAUUCAUUGCCAUUUGUGUAUCAAGGCGAUGCACUUUUUUGUCAAAUUUCCACCAUGAGUACUCGACCACACUUGUUUUUUUUUCUGUGAUGGAGGCGGCAUACUCGGUAUCUCCCCUAGUUCAAAGAGGAAAAGCUAAUGUUUAUGCAUACUCAGUUCUUUGACCAUAGAAGUUUCACACUUCAUGCUGAUUAAUGGAACACUCGGAAUUGAGUUAAUGCUCACCUUAGUAUUUACACUUGACACCUGAACCACUAGUAAUGGAGAAAGUGCUUAGGUAGUUAAGUGAUGUAUGAGGUACAACUUUCAUAAUUUGAAAUGCUCUUUGUGAUGAAUUAAGAUAUAAUGGAGUAUGCCUUCUGGAUAUUUGCUCUCUUUGAAAAUGUAGUAUUUCUCGGCUUUAUCUGUCAACCUUUGGUAUUCUCUAUUUUUUUCCUUUUCGGAGUAGAUCAUUUGCACAAUCUCUUCACUGAUGGCUGGACCGAGUCAUAGUGCCUAAGUUAUUGUUCCUAGUGAGGUGUGUCUGACUAAUUUCAAGGAUUGGAUCAACAUCUUGUCGAUCUGAAACCAAAGACUGGCGAUCUUUAGUUCAUAAUACAAAGAGAUAUUUCCUUAGCUAAAAUAUUCUAGUUUAUUUGUCAUAACUUGUAGAGGGACAAUUAGAUUUUUUUUUUCCGUUGCAUAGCAUUUUGGUUUCAGUAGUUCUUCCUUGACUAGUAGGAACAACUAACUUUGUACUCUUGGUCUUUUCCUAAUAUAAUUUCUCCUAUUGCUGUAGGGUGCAAUCAUGUUGCUUUACAUAAUAUAUUGUUUUAUUGGACCAUGGUGUUGAUGUGCUCGUUGUGUACGGCUCAGAUUGUAUGGCCGAGAAGCUUGGCGUACAAGCAGCACGGAACCACCAUGGUUGUGCUGCCGAGCAGAGUUGUUUCCAGGUGUGCCAUCAAUGGCAGAUGGCGCGGAGACAAUGCUGUUUAACAUGAGUUUGGUCGCCAAAGCAGCUCUGCCUGGGCCGACACUCAUUCCUGCAUGGCGCCCCUGCUGGCUGCUUCUUCAAAUCCGACAUAUUUUCUUGUAUGUACCCAUGAAGGUUGUCAUGGGCUCCACAUGCGUCCUAUUGUUGGCCCUUGAGGCGGCGCCUCGGCCUUCCAUAGAGGACCGGAAGCUUGCGGUAGCAGGAGCAAAAGCAUCUCCGAGCCCUUCGGCCCUUCCUGACGAGCUGCACCUCAUAGACAAGGUCCCAGCUUGCGGUAGCAGGAGCAAAAGCAUCUCCCUUCUGUCAAGUUUUUGUGUGGAAGAAAUCUUGAUUAAAAUAAAUCUGCUUAUUUAACGAACUGUCACUUCACUUCGAUCUCAACUUGGCUAGUUUGCCGUAUCUUUUCAGUUCUAGCAGUUCACCAUUGGAAUCCAUGCUUUGUUUUUGUCGCUCUCAGGUUGCAUAUCAUGCCAAAUUGUCUCUGGCCUGCUCGCUCGUUGUUUGUUGUCUCAUUUGUCUCUCGCUAUGGAAGAAAUAUAAGAGUGUUUAUAUAGUACCCUGUUCUAGCAUUAUUGAUGAAUUGUAUUCGGAGACUAAUAUGAUGAAUUUGUAUUCGGAGACUAAUAUGAUGAAUUGUAUUCGGAGACUAA